AUGUCUGCAGAUUCCGUCGCUGCGCCACGUUUGAGCCUGAAUGUGAGAUAUAACAGAAACAUCCAAGAGAACAGUGGAGAGGAAGAGGAGAGUCAGGUGAAGAUCUUAGAGGAUGAAGAGCAUCACGCUGAUCUCGGGCCACAAAGAGCCAGACCACACACUCAAACCAACCCUGCAGCCAACAACAGAAGGUGUUUCAAAGCUACUGCAGUGACUCUGGGAGGGUUUUAUCUUCUGAUAUUGGCUGGACUCUUCAUUCGCUUCACUUUGCUGCAGACCAGAUACGACCAACUGAGCAACAACAACAGUCAGUUACAGGUGAACUACAGUCUGUUACAGAGCAGCUACCAAACACUGAGUGCAAAUCACAGUCAGUUUCAGGAUGAAGUAAAGCAGCUGAAGGACAGAACUGAAGUUGUUAAAAACUGUCCUCAUGGAUGGACGAGCUUUGGACGCAGUUGGUACUUUAAAUCAGAAGAGGAGAAGACUUGGUCUGGAAGCAGAGCUGACUGUCAGCAGAGAGGAGCAGAUCUGGUCAUCAUAAACAACAAAGAGGAACAGAAGUUUGUUACUGAGCUGAGUAAGGAUGAAGAGACCUGGAUUGGUCUACGGUAUGAAUGGACAAAAGGAGAAUGGAAAUGGGAAUGGUUGGACGGAUCACCGCUGACAGAAACGUUCUGGGCAGCAGGACAGCCUCAAUAUAACGGUUACUAUGCUGCAUGCUGCAAUCAACAAGGAAAAUGGACACAAGGAUAUUAUAAUGAUUACAGGAAGUGGAUCUGUGAGAAAAAGAUUCUCUGAACUUUUUGAUGACCGAGAGGUGUGUAGUGUUGGG